GUUGCCGGCGGGGCGGGCUACGUGCAGGCCGACACCGUGCACCAACUGAAGGCCGAGCAACGCAUCGACAAACGCGAGUAUCGUGAGGAGCUGCACCAUGACCUGAUGGCCACCAUGAUGCAGCAGCAAGGUGGGGGGACCCUGCAGGCGGGCACGCAGCAGUUGGUGGUGGUGUUGCACGAGCCCAAGGAGGCAGCCGCGUUCGCACGGGCCAUCAAGCAAGAGGGCCGCAUAGACCGGAAUGCAGCGCCCGCUGAGUUUAUCAGUAUCGGUGACGUGACGGACACGUCGACAUGGCAGACGCUAGGUGGAGGAGUGGCAGACUACCUGUCCGCUCUGCCGCUACCUCUUCACCACCUGCUUAAAUACUCGACGCCCGACAAGCGCGAGGAACAGCCAACUAUCGUUACUGCAGUCGCCACUAACACACUGCCCGCUAUAUCCUCAAUCACUCCGCCGGCGACAAACUCUGUCAAUAGCGUGGUGGUGCAGACUGCGAUUGUUAACCAGAACUUGACGUCAAACACGACCACCAUCACUAUAUCAAAGAAGAAAAAGAAGAAGAAAACAUUGAAAGAGAAAAAACCGCGGCCUAAACCUGGAGAGAUACGAUUGACGACUGCUUUAGAUGGCAGUACUUUGUAUUGCUGCCCUGAGUGCCACAUGGCGUACCCUGAGAGGGAGCUGCUGGAACAACAUUUAGUGGGACACACUAUGGAGAGAAGGUUUAUUUGCGAUAUCUGCAACGCGGCGUUGAAACGCAAGGAUCACUUGACGCGUCACAAGCAGUCGCACAACCCGGAACGGCCCCACGUCUGCUCCGUCUGCCUCAAGGCGUUCAAACGCAAGGAGCAACUCACUCUGCACUUUGUUAUACACUCCGGCGAGAAGCGUCAUAUUUGCAACGAGUGUGGGAAAGGUUUCUAUCGUAAAGACCAUCUCCGCAAGCACACGCGGUCCCAUAUCGCGCGGCGCGUGAAGGCGGAGCUGUCUCAGCAGGCGGGCGGCGCUCCGCUGUCGCAGCCCGCAGCGCCCGCGCCCGCGCCCCUGCCCUCCUGACCAGACGACAAGCACGACCUUCUCUCACUCAUACAAGCCGCCAAGGACGUCUUCUGAUAAUAAAAACACUUCCCGCCAAAAACAAAAUGAUUUGACAUAUACUAUAGAUUAUGUUGGUUCAUAGAUCACAUAAUCUAUAGAUUACGGAAACGUUUUGUUUUGUCACACUGAUCUCUAAAAAUGGAUAGGAUGUUUGUCUGUUGCUUUCUUUCGAUUUAAAUACGUUUUUUGACGUAAUAGUUAAUUCUAUAUCUAUUAUUUCGAAUUCUCACCACUAACCGCAACCGUUAGCAACAAAAUGGUGAAUGUCAAAUAAGGAAAAAAUGCUGUCUUAUAACCUGUCCAUUUUUAGAGCUUACUGAUCUGUCACAUCUAUGUUUUUUAAUACAGAAAGUAAAAGGUUCUUUAAAAUAUUCGGUUUUUAAAAAGUUUUCGUUUUGCAU